CGGCGCGCGCUGCAGCUGCCCCGAUGCGUCGUCGCACGCCUCGCACGCCACCAGCGCGACGUGCGUCUCGAUGAAGGCGGAGGCCAAACCCGCCGGCAGGGCCGUCCCGGGCAUGCUGCGACGGGCAUGGCACGGCGCGAGAAAUGGCAAAGGGGUCCUGGAGAUGACUGCCACAGAUAAUACCAUUAGAUUCAGCGGCCAUACUUUGGACAAAGCCACAAAAGCCAAAGUUACCCUUGAAAAUUAUUAUUCCAACCUUAUUGCUCAACAUUUGGAGCGAAAACAAAGGUUAGCCAAACUAGAAGAAAGUCUGAAAGAUGAAGGUCUUUCAGAAGCCCAAAAGCAAGAGAAGAGAUUGCAACAUGCCCAAAAAGAGACAGAAUUUCUACGGCUUAAACGCUCCAGGCUAGGAGUUGAGGAUUUUGAACCUUUAAAAGUCAUUGGCCGAGGAGCUUUUGGUGAAGUCCGUCUAGUUCAAAAGAAGGAUACAGGGCAUGUGUAUGCAAUGAAAAUUUUGAGGAAAGCUGACAUGUUAGAAAAAGAACAAGUGGCUCAUGUGAGAGCAGAACGUGAUGUGCUUGUCGAAGCUGACCAUCAAUGGGUUGUCAAAAUGUUCUAUAGCUUUCAAGAUCCUAUUAAUCUCUAUUUAAUUAUGGAGUUCCUACCUGGAGGAGAUAUGAUGACACUCCUAAUGAAGAAAGAUACAUUGUCAGAAGAUUGUACACAAUUCUAUAUUACAGAGACUGCUCUUGCUAUUGAUUCUAUUCAUAGAUUGGGUUUCAUUCACAGAGAUAUAAAGCCUGACAAUCUGCUGUUGGAUGCUCGAGGGCAUAUCAAAUUAUCAGAUUUUGGUUUAUGCACAGGAUUAAAGAAAUCUCACCGCACAGAUUUCUACAGAGAUCUCAGCCAAGCUAAGCCUUCCGAUUUUACAUUUAAUGCAUUUACAGCCUCAAGUCCUAUGGAUAGUAAACGCAAAGCUGAAAGCUGGAAGAAAAAUAGGAGAGCUCUUGCUUACAGUACCGUUGGAACUCCUGAUUACAUUGCUCCUGAGGUUUUCUUACAAGCAGGCUAUGGCCCUGCAUGUGAUUGGUGGAGUUUAGGCGUUAUUAUGUAUGAAAUGCUUAUAGGUUAUCCUCCCUUCUGUAGUGAAAAUCCUCAAGAAACUUAUCGGAAAGUAAUGAAUUGGCGAGAAACAUUAUCUUUCCCACCAGAGGUGCCCAUUUCAGAGGAGGCACGUGAAACCAUAGUCCGCUUUUGCUGUGAUCCAGAUCGUCGUUUAGGUUCUCAAAGAGGCCUAGAAGAGCUGAAAUCAGUUCCUUUCUUCCGUGGAGUAGACUGGGAUCAUAUUCGAGAACGCCCAGCAGCUAUUCCAGUUGAUGUACGAUCGAUUGAUGAUACUUCUAACUUUGAUGACUUCCCCGAUGUCAAACUCGAAAUUCCUGCAGCUCCUUUGCCGCAAGAUGGGGAAGUCAACUACAAGGAUUGGGUCUUUAUCAAUUAUACUUUCAAACGGUUUGAAGGUCUCACCCAAAGAGGUACUCCUACGAAGAAAUGAAUCUCAAGUUACCAACUAUCCUAUCUGACUGCCGGAUAGGCAUUUCCAACGAAAGACUCUUUAAUUAUAAUCAUUUUGUUCAUUUUUAGUACCACCUAUCAGAUGACAAUACUGUACAUAUAUAGUGCUCUCUUUUCUUUACCUAAAGGCGCCUCUUGUGUGAAUGUGUGUGCACAUCCGAUGUGCUUUGGGCAGCUGUCUCCUUUCUCUGUAUCCGUUCAUUGUACUGGUCAAGGACAUGAACAACAAUUGACAACCGUUUUCUAUAGAUUUCUCCUUCAAAACUGCUCUUAAUUCAUCUUACAAUUGUUUUGCUGACAGCUUUGUCGCUGUGUAUUUUUUUUCUUAAAUGUCUUUACUAAUGUUAUAGUAUGUUGUAUAUCUGUUUCGUAAAUUAUUUAUGUUGUCGCUUUUAUUGUGCAGUAACUUUGUUUGUUUUUGUUUGUUUUUUUAAGUCCUAUUUUGUCCAGUAUGCAUAUUGAGGCACAAUAAUAAUGAUAAUAAUAGUGAUUAUUAUUUUUUUUUAAAUAAAUAAGUAGCAUGGAAAAAAAUGUUUUCCAUAUUAAACUUCCAAUGCCUUUUGUGGUACAUAUGUGAUUGAGUUUGUAAAGCAGGAUGUUAUCGUUUAUUGGAUUACUUUGGUACAUGACCUUGCUUGUUUUUAUUUAGUAUAUGUUCUAGGGUGCAGACAUUCCUAAUCAAUUAGUCAACCUCCUUUCCAAAUGAGGCACUUUGUUUGUAUCGCUUGUUCUAUGCUUGCAUUCUUCUCUCUUUGCAUGAAGAAGAGUAUUAUUGUACUUAGAUGAGGCAAAGGUAACAUUUGUACACUCGUAGAAGAGCGACUACUGUACUUGUAUCUUUUAAUUGGAAACUAUUGGUCAUUUAGUCACAUCUCCUGAAAUUGUGAGGUUUUCCUGAUCUGCCCCCUUCUCCUUUGAAUGAUUUCUGCACUCAAAAAUAUAUGAGAUCUUAAUUCACUCAUAGAGAAAAUUAAUAAUGCUAAUGUAUUGGCGGGUUAUGUCUCUAACCCUUUGGCUGUUGUAAAGACGAAAAGUACCUUGUUUUUUAAUGGUUUGAAGACCACAAAUCGUAGGCAACGGCAACAUUGACUAAUAGUGGAUGAAGAUGGUAUAUAGGUACCUUUCUUUAAUGAUUGUGAUGCUAAUUGCCAAGGGGUUAGCUUUAUCUCAGUUGAAGUGAAUGAUAAACAUAUCAGUUUAGUGAGAUGGAUUGUUACCGCAUGUGAUAUGUGUGAGCAGCUGUGGAAAGGAGCCAGUCAGCCUCUUUGCAGCCAGUUAUUAUUUGUAAUAAUGUUUGAACCCCAAUUCCUUAUCUCUAGUAAGAUGGUGAUAUUGUAUGUUUAUGUUUAUACAUUCGAUAUUACUCUUCUCUCACGGUUCAGAAUCCCAUGAGUUGGACACGGAGUCACUCUAUUUCAUAUUGUAUAUUUUUUAUUUGGCCAUAUUUUUUUUCUUCUAUUUUGCUACAGAUUGGUUAUUUUAAAAAUGCAAUCAAUUAUUUUUAAACGUCUUGUGAAAUUACUGUUGAGAUUGAAUGGUCUUUGGAAGGUCUCUCCUUUCUGGCUCCUUAUUUGAUUGAUUGUGCUGUUGUUUGUGUAUUUGUAUGACUGUUUUAGCAUGAUAGGCGGUGUGUACAUUUGUGUCCUGUGUGAAUGUGUGCUUUCACGCAUUAGAGUGCACACUUAGUGCAAGCAUAGAUUUCUACAAAUGAAUAAUCUCUAUUUAUUUAACGUAAAAGUUAUGCUUUUCACCUUGUAGAGGAGCACUGAUUGUUGUACAUAACAAAAUGUUGAAAAACACUCUUUACUGAGAGACAGUCUUAAUAAAAUGCAUUCAUGCGUUUUGGGGUUGUUUGUGCAAAGUUCGUGGUAUUUAGUGCCAAUAAUGGAGAUAAGAGCUUAAACAGACGUAAACUUUUGAAUGUGAUUUUUCUUGUGUCCAUGCGAAAUAGUGAAACUUUAAAACUAUAUCCAUAGGAGACAAACCAGUUCUCUUUUAAAGCUAAAUUAUUAAUCUUGAUGUGGUACAUAGCAUAAUCAUGUGUACAAAAAAAGUUGUCAAUAGGAAGUAAAGUUUGUUUGAUUUUUAA